ACAGGUAGGCGCAUCAUUUUGCCCAAAGGCUCGGGCGGUGACGCACGGGGUAAAUCAGUGCACAAAAUCGUGUCCUCGCCUCGCAGUUAGCUUCACAGGAGUUACUAGCACUGGAGUGAGCUACACCCGCACCUACUUCUCAUAGUAAGUUGUGUCUGUGCGAGACUAAGAUACUACCGGUAGGACCAAAAUGGCGGACCGGAAUCUUACGACGGUGGAGGCGCUGGCCGUGCUGCAGAAAAACUCGGACCAACUGUUCCUGGUUGUGACGGGAUUGUUCGUCUUCUUUAUGCAGGCGGGGUUCGGGUUCCGAGAGGCGGGGUCCGUCCGGAGCAAGAACACCACCAACAUCCUCAUCAGGACCAUGCUCAAUGUCUUUAUAUCCGGCAUCGCCUACUGGAGCAUCGGCUACGCCUUCGCCUACGGGACCCCGAGCAACUUCUUCCUCGGGCACAGCAACUUCUUCCUCAGCCUGCCUGUAGUUGACGUGACGCACGCUAGGUGGUUCUUCCAGUUCACGCUGGCGGCCACCUGCGUCACCAUCGUGUCGGGCGCGCUGUCCGAGCGGGUAGAGUUCGCUGCCUGUCUGGUGUACGCAAUGCUCAUCUCUGGAUUCCUGUACCCGGUGGUUAGCCACUGGGCGUGGGCUCCCACCGGCUGGCUGCGGACCGGGGCGGGGGACAAAGGGCUGGUCUUCCCGAACUUCUCCAGGCCUCUCUUCCAGGACUUUGCUGGAAGCGGUGUAGUUCACAUGACAGGGGGCGCUAUUGCACUGGCGGGCGCCAUCAUGGUGGGGCGGAGGAUCGGCAGGUUUGAGGGCCGGAGGGCUGUCAGGAUUCCUGAGCACAACGUCCCGCUGGUGUCACUUGGAACCUUCAUGAUAUUCCUGGGACUGCUGGCCUUUAACGUGGGCGCACAGGGCACCAUAUCCCGGUCCGGGUCCGGGGAGGCUGUGUCUGUUAUCACAGUCAACACGAUCAUCUCAGCAUCCAUUGGAGUCUGCGUCUGUUCAUCUCCAGGACUUGUCGCUAUGUUGAUGAAGCGUGUCGGCAUCCUGGGGAAACCCAACUGGACCUACCUGUCCGCCGCUAACGGAGCUCUCACCGGCAUGGUGUCCGUCGCUGCGGGGUGUGACAUGGUGUACACCUGGGGUGCCCUGGUGAUCGGGACAGUCGCGGGACUGACGUACUGUGUGUGGAGCCGGCUGCUGCAGGCGCUCAGGAUAGACGAUCCCGUGGACACUAUCGCAGUGCAUCUCGGUGGCGGGUUCUGGGGUCUGGUGGCGGCCCCCAUUCUGUCACGGAAUGGUAUCAUCCAGGAGGUCAGCACCAUGAAUCUUAAGGUGAGAUUUGACAGAUUUCUACCGACUAUCAAAAGGGUUUUUACAAAGGAAAAAAAACAAAAAUCUUAAUCUUACAGACCACAU